AUGAUAGGCAGUGUCGAGCUGAAUCUGAGAGAGACUGAGCUGUGUCUUGGUCUUCCCGGAGGAGAUACGGCGGCUCUGGUGACCGGAAACAAAAGAGGAUUCUCGGAGACGGUUGAUCUGAAGCUGAAUCUGAACAAUGAGCCUGAAAGCAAGGAAGGAUCUACGACUCAUCAUGAAGUCGUGACUUCUGUUUCCAAGGAGAAGAGUUCUUGUCCCAAAGAUCCAGCCAAACCUCCUGCCAAGGCACAAGUUGUGGGAUGGCCACCGGUGAGAUCAUACCGGAAGAACGUGAUGGGUUCAUGCCAAAAAUCAAGCGGCGGCACGGAGGCAACGGCGGCGUUCGUGAAGGUAUCGAUGGACGGAGCACCGUACCUGAGGAAAGUCGACUUGAAGAUGUAUAAAAGCUACGACGAGCUUUCUAGUGCAUUGGCCAACAUGUUCAGCUCUUUUACCAUGGGAAAAAAUGGAGGAGAAGAAGGGAUGAUAGACUUCAUGAAUGAGAGGAAAUUGAAGGAUUUAGUGAAUAGUUGGGACUAUGUUCCCUCUUAUGAAGACAAAGACGGUGAUUGGAUGCUCGUCGGCGACGUUCCUUGGCCAAUGUUCGUUGAUACAUGCAAACGUUUACGUCUCAUGAAAGGAUCUGACGCUAUUGGUCUCGCUCCGGGAGCAAUGGAGAAGUGCAAGAGCAGAGCUUGA